UUCAAAUACGAUCCACAGCUUGUUUUUUUUUCUCAUUCCUCAACAGCACAACCCUUCUCAGCGUUUGAGAUGAUUGCUGGCUGCUGUAAGAAUUUGUCCUUAAAGUUAGCUGUUUGUUUGCUGGUGCUACGACUACAGGGGAGAUGGACACUGGCUGCUGAAUGUGGUGUAGGAACAUUUGAAGUCAGCACCAGAGAUGGCACAAUAUGCUGCAAAACCUGUAUCCGAAGUAGGGAUAAUGAACCAUGUCCCAAUGCAGAUUCACUUCGUGAAGAAUGUCGCUGUGCUCAAGGAUAUGUCUGUAAGGGAGACCCCUGUGAUAGUUGCACCAAGCCUACAUCAUGCCCAGAAGGCCAAGAGCUAAUUAGGACAGGCUCAGUUGAUUAUUUGUACAUUUGCAGGAAAUGCUCCCCAGGGAUGCAUACGGUGAAUGGAUUCUGUAAACCAAUCAUAAAACCUGUAACCAGUGCUACCAAAAUGUACACCAGUAUCGCAUCCACCAGCUCUUCCUCUUCUCUACGUUAUUCCAAUGGCGUCCAUCAGCUUAAUGAAAAAGGGGCCAGUAGUUCCAGCAUUGAUGGAAAAAGGAUAGAAAAUACAGAACAGGCACAGAAACCAACAUAA